GACCGGAGAACGGAGACCGGAGAGCGGAUCGGAGACCGGAUCCCAGGGCCCGGGCGGCGCCUCUCCGCCGUGGCCCGGCUCCGGCCCCCGCCCGCCGGGGCGAUGCUCCCCGAGGCCGCGGGAUGAGCCAGUGACCCCGCGGCCCGGGCAUGGCGGACCCGGUGGCGAGCAUCGCGGGCUCGGCGGCCAAGAGCGUGCGGCCGUUCCGCUCGAGCGAGGCCUACGUGGAGGCCAUGAAGGAGGACCUGGCCGAGUGGCUCAACGCGCUGUACGGCCUGGGCCUGCCCGGCGGGGGCGACGGCUUCCUGGCGGGGCUGGCCACGGGCACCGCGCUGUGCCAGCACGCCAACGCCGUGGCCGCGGCCGCCCGCGCCCGGGCCGCCGCCCGGCCCGCCCGCGGCGUGGCCUUCCAGGCCCAGGGCGUGGCGCCCGGCUCCUUCGUGGCCCGGGACAACGUGGCCACCUUCAUCGGCUGGUGCCGCGCGGAGCUGGCGGUGCCCGAGGUGCUCAUGUUCGAGACGGAGGACCUGGUGCUGCGCAAGAACGAGAAGAGCGUGGUGCUGUGCCUGCUGGAGGUGGCGCGGCGCGGCGCCCGCCUCGGCCUGCUCGCCCCCCGCCUCGUGCAGUUUGAGCAGGAGAUCGAGCAGGAGCUGCGGGCCGCGCCCGCCGCGCCCCACGCCCCCCAGGCCGCGGGGGAGGGCGCCCCCGAAACCGCCGCCGCCGCCUCCGCCGCCGCCUCCGCGCCAGGGGCUCCCGCCCGGGGGCCCCGCAUGACGCCCACGGACCUGCGCAACCUGGACGAGCUGGUGAGGGAGAUCCUGGGCCACUGCACCUGCCCGGACCAGUUCCCCAUGAUCAAGGUCUCGGAGGGCAAGUACCGCGUGGGAGACUCCAGCCUGCUCAUCUUCGUGCGGGUGCUGAGGAGCCACGUGAUGGUGCGCGUGGGCGGCGGCUGGGACACGCUGGAGCACUACCUGGACAAGCACGACCCCUGCCGCUGCUCCUCCGCAGCGCACCGCCCGGCCCCGCCGAGGACCCAGACCUUCUCCCCCACCCCCAGCCCCCGGCCCGGCAGCCCGGCCCCCGGGGGUGAGCGGCGCGGCUCCCGGCCCGAGGUGACCCCCCUGAGCUCACAGAGCUCCAAGGAGGGGCCCGAGGCCGCCCUCAGGGCCCGGGAUCAGCUGCCCCCCCACCCCCGCUCCAGACGCUACUCCGGGGACAGCGACUCCUCGGCCUCCUCGGCCCAGAGCGGCCCCCUCGGCGCCCGGAGCGAGGACUCGGGCCCCGGCGCCCGGAGGGACAGGGAGCGGCCCGGCCGGCGGCUGACCACGGGCCCCCCGGCCUCCCCGAGGCGGCCCCCCGCCCCUCGCAGCCAGUCCCGGGACCAGCUAGAGCGGGGGCGGCCCCAGGAGGCCCCGCGAGGCCGGAGGGCCGCGCUGUCCACCCCCAGCCCCGCCCGGCGGGCCCGGAGCCAGGGCCGCGAGGAGCCGGCGGUGCUGCUGGUGCGCAGGGACCGCACCGGGCAGCACUCGUGGGCGCCGCGGGGCCGGGCCGGCGGGGGCUCCGGCAGGAGCAGCCCCCGCACGCCCCGCGCCCUCAGCCCCGCAGCCCCCCGGCCGCCCCGGCCCGCCAGCCCCGGCCCCGAGCUGGGCGCCCCGCCGGCCAGCGCCUUCCGCACGCCCCUGCAGCUGGACCCGCAGCACGAGCAGCAGCUGAUCCGGCGCCUGGAGGAGGAGUUCCUGGCCAACGCCCGCGCCCUCGGGGGCUCUGCCGGGGGAGCCCCCGCUGGACCAGCCCCCGACCCGGCGCCCCCCGACCCGGCGCGGGCCCCGGACGCCCCAGGCCCCGACUCAGCCUACUGCUCCUCCAGCUCCUCCUCGUCCUCCCUCAGCGUCCUGGGCGGCAAGUGUGGCCCACCGGGGGACUGCGGCCGGGUGGCCAACGGGCUGCCCGGGGGCCGGGGCCCGGCCCUGUCCAGCUCUUCGGAUGAAGGCAGCCCCUGCCCCGGUGCGGGGGGGCAGCCAGAGGCACCUGCGAGUCGCCUGGCUGGCCCUGAGCCGCCAAGGACCUGGGCGCGGGGCCGGAUGGACACGCAGCCGGACGGGAAACCCUCACGGAUCCCCACGCCUCGGGGCCCCCGCCGCCCGUCGGAGCCCACGGCGCCCGGGGCCUGGCGUGCCCUGCACUCCGUCAGCCCCCGGCUGGAGCCGGACUCCUGGAUGUAACGGACCAGCCCGGCCGGCGGCCUCCAGGCCCCCCGUCCUCCUCUCCCUUUUCCUUCGUGGCCUUAACCCCUCUGCAUCAGGGAACUCCCCACCCCCCGCCCCUCUCGGGUACCAGACCUCACGGGACCAGACCCCUUCCUUCCAUGGCACAACGGGACCUCUGUUGUACAUUCCGAUCGGGGGAUGAGCAUCGCUAUUUAAUUACUAAUAUUAUUGAAUGCCUUAGAGGAGCCCGGCGAGGGCCCUCCGGAGGUCCCGCGGCCCUGCAGAGCCUGACAGUAAAGUUCUGUUCC